AUGGCAUUGUUCCCUCCGGAAUUCCUGGCCGGCAUCCUGCUGGCCUUCGUGCAGCUGAGGCUUCGCUCGCACUUCAGUCUGGCCACAUGGCUGGUGAAUGGCCUUACGUUCUUCUUGCCGCCCGAAGACGAGCUCAUCGCGACGCUCAACGGCCAGCAGCUGGCCAAAGGUGGCAAAAGCGGCAAGACGCCGGCCGGCCAACCACUCAGCGCGGCCGAGAAGAUGGACAAGUUCUACGUGCGUGUGGCCAAGACGGAGCCCGGCGUCUUCAGCCAGACGCUCUUCUUCGAGCUGUACGAGAUGCUAGUGGUGUUGGUCUCAUCGGCCUCGGUUGCCUGUUGGAUCGGCAGCGUCGUAAGUUUCACGGCUCCGUGGUUUAGCCCCGUGGCCGACGACGCUGAUGACAAGGUAGACGUGGCCACGUACGGCCUCAUGUCGGCCAUGCUUGUGGCCCUCUGGUUCCCCUUGCAGCUCAACUUCGCCCAAGGUUUGGCCGGCUACGAGGCCCGCUUGGGCCUGGCCGUCGGGUUUAUCGGCCUCAUUCUGUCCGGCUUCAUCAUCCUGUCGCCCAAGGGCAUGUUCGACUUCGAUCUGGAACUGGCCGCCCAAUUGGCCGGCCAGCGUAUGGAGAUGGUGCUCCGCGCCGUGGGCUUCGUGGACGCAGACUUCGUCAACAUCGAGCUGCUGGCCGAGCUGGCCCGCAUCUCUCUGUUCUUCACGUUUGCGCUACUCGCGGGCAUCUUCACCUGCACGACAUUCCUACCAUCAUUUCGGUUCGCACGCAUGUACUCGGAGAUGAUCAAGGACAAGCAGACGUCGGCCGUGAUGAAGCUCUUCCUGCACCUUAACAUGCUCUUCCCCGUGCUCAUCAGUGCGCUGUGGGUGCCGCGUCUGUCUAGUAACGUAUUAGUCCCGUCCGAACUGGUCAAGUGCUCUCCACGUGCAUUGGCCCGCGAUUGUCUACAGAGCGACGUGCUCGGCCUGGCCAACACGUCGUCCGACGUCUGGAAAUGGUACAGUCUCACCGAGUCGCAGUUCCACACGCUGCGCAUCUACGUCGUGUUCGUGGCCUGUCUUGUACGCUUGAUCUGCUUCCGUACACAUCUCCAGUACUUCCUUUUAGAGCCUCGUGAAGUCAUGGCCUCACUUGUGGGUCGGCCGGGCUUGGUAGACGGCGCGUUACUGCAGAACAAGGUGCGUCUGCAGUUCAACUACGUGCCGAUCAUCGCGCUGCAGUAUUUGGCGCCUGUAUGUGCGCUCCUGGCGUCGGCCCAGCUAUUGAUGAAGCAAACGGCCAUCUCUCUGGGUGUGUCCAAGGCCACUUCGUGGGCUUUACAGCGCGUGGCCAACGUGUCGCUCCCCGCUGGCCUCGCGUCUGACGCUGCCACGCUGAAUAUCCUACCCGACCCUACCGCGCCGCCCAACCUCGGCGGAUUUCGACUGGGCGACGAGCUGACCAAGGAGAACGUGACGCCCUUCUUGCGGGGUAUGGGCCAGUUCCCCAUCCUCACGGCCGAGUUCUACGACGCAGCGCUGGGCUUCCUGAUCUGGUUCUUGAGCUUCACCAUGUUCGCUGUGAGCUUGGCCGGUCUCAUCUACUGGCGCAACGUGGCGGCCCACGGCACGGAGGUAGAACAGCCCGUUGUGCGACCGAACAAACAGACCCCAAAGACACUGAAGAACCAGCUUAAGAGUCUCAAACUCAAGAAGAACAAAUAG